UACUCACACUCCAGAUGAUUUGAUACAAUUUCGUGUGAUUUUACUUAGCGAACUUAUCCGAAUAGCAGGAUGGUGGAAAGUGAGACGAGGGAAACAUGCCUGAAAUACAUAAAGGCUCUCAAAUCAAAAGGCGCAGUGGUUCCCGAGUUUGUCACAGGUCUUACCGUAUUACAAGAGGAAGCUGCAGCAAGAGGGUUAGAUGACGAUAUUCUCACGAAGCUCAUAGAUGUUAUUGUACAUAUAGAUUUAGGUGCCGUCAAACGGGUAUCGCUAAUCAAAUGUCUGAUUCCAAGGCAUAAACUGUCCGAGGAAAUAGUGAAGUCUGUGAUCACCUGGUGUCUAUCUUCGUUGAAUAAUCUACCGUUUACCGUUUGUGUGAUUGUUAUACAAUGGAUCAUAGGUGUAUGGGAUUACGAAUUAGUAGAUAGAAAAGUAAUCAACAUAUAUUAUGACGUCUUCUUCUAUACUAUGCUCAAGAAACAGAAACUGGAACGUUAUAUAGCACGUCUUAUCUACGUGCUGACAAAACCGGAAGAUGUUUCUCGCAGAGAUGUCUCGAGAUUAUUGGCGCUUCAAAAAAAUUAUUCCAAACCUCCAACACAUAUUAUUGCAUUACUUUCCUUAUUUAAGUCGUAUAAACCAGAAUUGGUUCCCGAGAAAAUACAAUCGGUGAAUAUAGAAAGUGUGUGGAAACCUAUACCCGAAUUCAUACGAUUAGCAUUGGAAGAUGCCAGAGAUCGUGCGGAAAUUCAACAAUCACGUCACACUCGAGCUUAUUUUGAUUGGAACGUGAUGCAGAACACGAGAGCUCAAAAAAAGAAAAAGAUGCUUCUACCAUCGGUUGGUUAUUUUCACAUUGGUUCAAGUAUUUUUAAAGAUAAAUAUGCAAAGUCAAUUUUUGAUAUAAGCAGUAUAGAAGAGUUAGGAAAGUAUCAUCAGACUGUUCAAUUGCCUUGUAAUGCCGUUUCACUUUUGGCAAAUAUGGUUGGUUACCAUCUUCUUACAUAUGCAGAUUUUCAAUACCAAAGUAGAUUUUCGUAUAAUCUUUAUAAUACGCUUACAAGAGCAUUUAUACUGGAAAAUGGAAAGUUUUCUGAGGAAGAAAUGGAUAAAUUUUUAACUAUGACAGUCGAAUUUUCUCGAUACAUGCAAGAAGGGAUACUUAUAGUUAAACUGUUUUUUGAUGAAUAUUUAUAUUACAAUUCAGGAGAGCAUCUGCCAAAGUUACUCGAUUUGCUGCCAUGGAUGACUUCUAUAUCAGUAACUGAGUUACGAGAAAACAUUCUGAUACAUGUGCAAAACAUAUUUUAUGAGUCAAGUUUAAAUGUAAAAUGUGAAAUAAUUAGAUCUCUGCAGAAACUAAUGACAAACUUGUUUGUAAGACAAGGUCUUGAAGAACAAGGUCAAUAUGCAUCGUCCUUUUUGCGACAAGGUCCAUUGGAAGAUUUAGCAGAAAUUGUGCCUGUGCUUACAACGAUAUCAGAAAAUCUGAUUGUUUGUGGAUUAAACAUACACAAUUACAAUAUUAUAUUGUUAUCAGAAAUUUUGGCAUUUUAUGAAGAGAUCUGUACAUUAGAAAGCCGUAGUUAUGUAUCAUCUUGGACAUUGCCGCCACCAGCAGUCAUCAAUGGAGCAUUUAUUACGAAGAGUUGUGCUAUUUUAUCGAGAGUUUGUAGAUUAUUACUAAGAUAUCGCCAAAUGAGUUCACAUUUAUGCCAGAUUAUGUCAUCGGACGUGUAUCAAGAAAAAGUUCGCAUUAUAUCUAUUUAUGCAAAUGAUAUUCAUAAAGCAUUAUGGUAUGAUGAGCCUUUUAGUGACCGAAAGAAUGGUAACCUUCUGAAAAGUCUUUCAAAAAAAGUGAUUGAUGAUUUAGGAGACUGUGAUCUAGACACCUUAUUGAAUAUUAGCAAUCAUUAUGCUAUAUUAUCCUACAGAUGCACAAUGAAUAAACAGGGCCUAAAUAUAGGUACAAAAGAGGAUGCUAAGAUCUUGGCUUUGCACUACUAUCCUGCAGUAAACGAAUUUCUCGCUGCGUUUCAUGAAGAUGUACUUGAAACUUAGGAGAAAAAGAACGGAUCAUAUUUUUUAUAAUAUGCAUCAAGCAUCAACAGCAAAUUAACUAGCGGAGCAAAUAAAUGUAAAGAUAAUUAAAGAGUCAGUUAUUAAGGUUUUAUAUAUUUCUAAAAAUGUCAAUUCGUUGCAAAGUAUCGAUUAAAUCUGUUGUCAAAGUGUUAGCAUACUGUCAACACUUGUUAGGAUAGUUAUAUUUAUUAAUAUGCAUUAUUACGAGAGAAAUGAUAAUGUACAUUAUUACUUGAAUCAAUUGUGGAUAUACUUAGUUUAUAAUAUUUUAAUAGAAACUAUUUAUGAAAUAUCUUUUAA